AAACACCUAUAGUGCUUCAAGCGAAUGAAUGAAAGUGGGAUAAAUAAUUUCUCUAGUAAUAAUAACACACCUAUGUAAUAAUUGAUAAGUGAUAGUGGCAUUGUCAAUCGUAAAUUGUACACUUAGUUUAUUAGUGAAAAUAUUUUCAUAAAAAUAUGUGUCUAUGUGAUUAUUGUAUACUACAUCUAGCAAUAAAUAUAUACUAACAAGGAAUUAUUUUUGUGCUUACGUUUUUUAGUUAAACUUUUAAUGAACUAAUUUAAAAGAAUUUGGUUAAUGUAUGCUUUGUAUAUUACGUAUAAUAUAUAAUUAAAAUGUCGAAUGAAAUAAAAGUAUUGCUGAAAGAAGCUCGACAACUAUUCAAAGAGAAUGAAUAUUCAAGCGUGAUUAAAAAAUGUAAGAAAAUACUAAACAUCGAGAAAAAUAAUUAUGGCGCACUUAUUUUAUUAGCUGCCGCAAUGAAAAAUUUUGAAGAAUAUAAUUCACAAGUACCUUUAGUCCUUGAAAAGGCAAUAAAAAUUGAACCAUACAAUCCAUUAGCUUGGCAAGGUUUGAUAGCUUAUCAUGACAAAAAUUUAAAUGACGAUGAAUGUCGUAAUAAAUUAGUAUCAUGUUAUUGCAAGCUAUUACAAAUAGAUAGUAACUUUAAGUUCUCUCAUAAUAUAAAUAAAAUACUAGAAGUUUGUUUACAAAUAACAGACAAUGCAAUGCUUAAAGAAAGUAUAAAAAAUUUAUGUGAUUUGCGAGAGAUAUUAGAUUCUGAACAAACAAAAUUGUUUAAUGUGAAAUUUGCACAAAUACUGAUACAUCAUUCUAAUAACUUAAACGAGUACCAAGAUGUGUUAGAAAAUGUUCUUCUAUCUGUUGCUCGUGAUGUUGAUACUAUUAAUCCACAAUAUUAUAUUGAGAAAUAUUUAGAGAUACUACAUGAUAAAGGUGAAUUAGAUACUUUAUUGAAAGGAGCCAUAAACAUGCAUCAACAGUUUCCUGAAGCUACUUUGCCAUUGGAAUAUAUAUGUCGUGCUUAUUACGAGCAAAAUGUUUUGGGCAAUAACCAUUAUGACGAUAUUAAUAUAAUGCAAUAUUAUGAAAAUCUCAUAAACCUAAAUAAUGAAUCAGUUGAAGCGAAAAUUGCUCAAAUAGUAUAUUUAAGAAAAACAGAUGAUCUAAUUAAAGCACGACAGUUAUUAAAAAAUCUACUUACAACGAAACCAAAUUUGUUAUAUGGUUGGAUUACAUUAAGUGAAAUAAGUUUUAAAUUAUACUGUUGGGAAGACACGGAAAAUGCUAUGAGACAGGCUUUAAAACUUUCAAACCAUAAAAUAAAAGAUGAAUCAUUAUAUAAAAUGGAAUUGAUAUUGAUUGAGUCAAUGAGCAGAAGUAAUAGCAAACAGAAAUGGAAAACUGCUUUAGAAAUGUGCAAGAAUCAUUUAGACAAACGUCCUUCGUUGCAAGUGGAAUUACUUUAUGCACGUAUUCAUGUAUUAAUGGAUCAGCCUUGUGUAUCAGAUAAAUUAAAUUAUUUGGAAUCUCAAAAUGAAACAAAAGUUCAAGCUACUAUCUUAAGGGCAUUGUAUUUGAAACAACACAAAAAAUUCGAUGAAGCAAUAGAUAUUCUGGAUUCAGCUUUAGAAAUGUCAGAAGCUUGGUUGCUUCUUGGCACUAUAUAUUAUGAAAUGGAACAGUACAAGCACAGUCUAAUGGCAUUUUUAAAUGGUGUUACUACAGAUCAAUAUAAUUGGAAGUGCUUAGUUUAUUUGGGACGUUACUAUCGUGAGCAUUCUAAUGAUUUAGAACGUUCAAGGAGAUGUUAUCUGACUGCUUUACAAAUUAAUCCUAAUUCUGAAGAAGCUGGUAUUGGUUUAAGUACUGUAUACAGACUUCUAAAAAACCAUGAUGCUAACAAGCAGUUAUUACAACAAUUAACUAUGAAAGGCAGUGGACCUAAGUGGGCAUGGUUCCAACUUGGAAAACAAUAUCUUGAUCAAGAAGAUGCAGAACAAGCGAUUAAAGCAUUUCAACGUGUUAUUCGAGCUGAUCCUAACGAUACCCAUAAUUGGGAAGCAUUAGGAGAUGCUUACUUUAUUCGGGGUGCUCAUACAUCAGCGUUGAGAUCUUAUAAGAGAGCAUUAGAACUGUGUCCUACCUCAUUGUACUCAUUGACACGAGUUGCAAAUAUUAAAUUAAUUCUGGAACAAUAUAAUGAAGCAAAAGAGGGUUUUGAGGAAAUAUUAUUGAAUGAACCACGAUAUGUUCCUGCUUUGAAAGGAUUGGCUGAAGUCACUUUAGCUUUAGCAAAAGAAAAUAAGGUUAAACAAUUUUUGGGACGUGUUAAUUAUUUUCUUCAAGAAGCAAUGAAUAAUUUAUCGUUAGCUAUUAUCGAACGUAACGAUAUGUCUUGUCUUUGGAAGUUGCUUGGCGAUGUAUGUUAUAGAGCUACCCUUAUACCUGAAAAGUACAGUUAUUUGAACGUUCCAUCUAAAUUACUUAAAAUUGAUGAAAAUGAAGGUGUUGUAUGUUUAAAACGAAGAGAUUUAUUCCUAUUGUCAACAAGGUGUUAUUGUUGUGCAUUGUCCAUUUCUCCACAAUCUGCUUCUUUAUGGCAUGAUUUAGCAUCUUGUUAUUUAACACAGUUACACACUGAUCCAUCAGUUGAUCACAAAACUCUUGCGAGUAAAUGUCUCGCUGUUAGCAAACACGCCGUUAAACUUUGUCCUUCGACGUGGCUACAUUGGAAUCUUUUGGGGGUCGUUUGUAUGUCGCCAUAUGUAAGGAAUUACGCAUUAGCGCAACAUGCUUAUGUUAUGGCGAUCGACAGAGAAUUAAACAAUGCUGUAGUCUGGUGUAACUUGGGAACUUUAUAUCUGCAUAUAGGAGAUUUGUAUAAAGCAAACGAGGCUUAUUCGCAAGCCCAGCGUGCAGAUCCAGCAUAUAUAAACAGUUGGAUAGGACAAGCUAUAAUUGCAGAAACGAUGGGUAGGAAAGAAGCUAUCGACUUAUUUCGACAUUCCACACAACUUGGAUUUCACAAAGAAGCUUCAUUGGGAUAUGCUCAUUGGGUCCUUACUGUUCUUUUAAAUACCGAUAUUGAAAAAGACACUACAUACAAAUAUAUAAUAGAAAACAUGCAUGCUGUAUUUGUUGCUUCUGAUGUCAUGAAUUGGUACUUAGAAUAUUAUCCAGAAGAUCAUUAUGCUCGAAAUGCAUAUGGAUUACUCUUAGAGAGACAAAAGCUCUAUAGAUCAUCUGCAAAAGAAUUUGCAGUUGCUAUACAUACAAAUGCUGCCGACGAGAAGGACAUGGCGUGCUUAAAUUUAGGUCGUGUUUUAAUACAACUGAAUAAGUAUUCAGAAGCUAUAAAAUUGUUCCGGGCUAUUAGAAAAGCUGAUUAUAAUUCACAAUGCCACUUAGCAUUGGCUUUUUAUAAAGCUGGGCGAUAUGAAGAAUCAUACAGUGCUUAUGAAACAGCGCUUGAUUCCUUUGCCAAUUCUGAAACAGAAAAAGCGUAUACAUUGUGUGCAAUGGCUGCUAUAGCGUAUACUUUCCAGGGAGUACACGAUGCUAAAACGUUACUUUUUCAAUGUAUUCAAAUUCAACCACCAGUUGUAUCUAGUUAUUUAGCAGCUGCAUCAUUGGGUAUAUUGCACGGAGACUUAAACUUAACUACAUUGAUUUUAAAUGAAUUAAAAUCAUAUGAAAAUGAUCGUGAUUAUGGUCCUCAUGUUGCAAAUCUGACAGCAUACUUUCAUUUAAUGACGAAUAAUGUCAAGGGUGCUGUUACUACACUUUCUAAAGCCAUCUUCAAAUAUCCUGAUGAUAUAAGAUAUUGGAUAAGAUUACUAAGGCUUUUAUUGGAAAUUGAUACACAGUCAUUUAAUGGAUGUGCACAGAAAGCACUGUUCCUCAGCAAAAAUGUUGUAAAUACAAAUGUUGUACAUUUGGCUUGUGCAUCAUCAUUUAAUUAUUUUGCACAAACCUCAUUAUCAGACAGUAUUAGAUCCAUACAGAAGGUUCUAUUUGCAUAUCCAGAUUGUAUUGAAAGUUGGGCUACAUUUAUAGUAGCAUGUCUACCUAGGUCUGCGAACAAGGAUAUUAUCUGUAAUGCUCAGUGGCUCUCAGAAUUUAUAUCGAUAACUCAAAAAACUUAUAAUUGUACGAGUAGUAUGACUAAAUGGUUAGAGGAUAGUCAAAGAAAAUUAAAACAAUACAUUGAACUAAAAGAAUUUUCUUGAUUAUUAUAAAUUAUAUAUAUAUAUAUAUAAUUAUUAUGGAUGUGUUUAGAAUGUAUUUUGUAAUAUGAAUUCCAAUUGAACAGUUUCAGAUAGUGUACAAAACAAUAAAAGCUAUGGACCAGUAGAUUAAUGUUUAUUUAAUCAUCUAACUUAUUGUAAUUAAUUUGUGAAAUUUUUAUA